AUGGAUUCCCAAUCUGACAUUGUGGGUAUGGGCUAUUCUGGCGGUGCUAUUGCUGGUGGCUGGGCGGCUUCUCUGCAGUCUGCAUAUGCCCCCGAGCUUAAUGUCAAAGGCUGGGCAAUUGGUGGCACGCCGUCCAACCUUUCUGCAACCUUUUACGGUCUCGAUGCAGGCCUCUUUGCCGGAUUUGCCGCUGCUGGUUUGGCUGGCGUCGUUGAUUCGUACCCCGAAGCUAACGAUUAUGUUGGCUCUGUUAUCACUGAGGAAGGCAACAAGGCUCUUCAGUUUACGCGUGAACAAUGUAUGGGCGACAUUAUUCUUGGCCUGCGGAACGUGAAUAUUCUUAACCAGUCCUUUGUGUCCAACACAAACAAUUUCCUACACGCGGAUGCUAUUCAAGGUCUACUCCAGACGCUGACAAUGGGCGCUGAUCCUAAGCUCACGCCCAAAGCGCCGGUGUACAUGUACCAUUCUGUUCAUGACGAAGUCAUUCCCUUUGCCAUGGCCAACCGCACGGCGAAGUUGUGCAACCCCCUCUGGCAACCCGAUAUUCUUGGCGCGAAAUUAACCGAAGUCUUUAAUGCCGUGUCCAAUCUAUUCGGGACAGAUGUCGGCCGAGGCGAUCAGAUUCUGAAGGAACACAUCCAGGGCGGCAAAUUUUAG